AUGUAUAGCAUGAUGGAAACCGAAUUAAAAACUCCCCUGCCGCAGUCCAACAUGGGCUCCGGUCAGGGCGCAAAGACAGUCGGAGGUGCAAAUGAUCAGGACCGGGUGAAGCGACCGAUGAACGCCUUCAUGGUGUGGUCCCGGGGGCAGCGCAGAAAGAUGGCACAGGAGAACCCCAAGAUGCACAACUCCGAAAUCAGCAAGCGCCUGGGCGCCGACUGGAAGCUGCUGACUGACGCAGAGAAGCGGCCGUUCAUCGACGAGGCGAAGCGUCUGCGCGCCAUGCACAUGAAGGAGCACCCGGAUUAUAAAUACCGGCCAAGGCGCAAGACCAAGACCCUGCUGAAGAAAGACAAGUACUCUCUACCCGGCGGGCUGUUGGCCCCUGGAGCGGGCGCAGUCAACAGCGCGGUGUCUAUGGGCCACCAGCGCAUGGACGGCUACGCACACGUGGCCAACGGCUGGACGAACGGCGCGUACUCUCUGGUGCAGGAGCAGCUCGGGUACCCACAGCACCAUGGCAUGAGCAGCCCAUCACAUCUCCAGCAAAUGCAUCGCUACGACAUGGCAGCGGGUCUUCAGUACCCCAUGAUGUCCACAGCGCAGACCUACAUGAGCGCCGCGUCCACCUACAGCGGCGUGACCUACGCGCAACAGAGCCCGGGCGCAGUGGGCCUCGGUUCGGUUUGCAAAACAGAGCCUAGUUCACCACCACCUGCGAUCACUUCACACUCGCAGCGUGCCUGUCUGGGGGACCUGAGGGACAUGAUCAGCAUGUACCUGCCACCCGGAGGAGACAGCGCCGAGCACAACACACUGCAGACCAGCCGCCUACACAGCGUGCACCCGCACUACCAAAGCGCGGGCACCGGGGUCAACUCCACACUGCCCCUGACCCACAUCUGAGAGACUCGUGGGGAAAUUGAACACUGUCCCUUAUUCACAUUUUAAAAGACUUGUUUUAGGGUGUAGUGAAGUCGCUACCCUAAACAGCAUUUGAAAGACUUGUAUUUAGGGGUAGUGGACUAUAGGUGAAUGCAACACUACCCAUACCGACUUU